UCCGGAAAACGCCGAUCCACUGUUGUCGCUGUCUGUAGCUGUAAGUAGUGAAUCAGUCACCCAAACAACAUGCACUGAUGCAGUGACGCUUCCAAACAACUGAUAAGGUGCCAUGAAUCGAUAGGAAGAGGAAUUGACAGUGAAUCUCUUUCUGUCUCCGUCUGCCUGUCUGUCUUCGUGUCUCUCAGUCCAGACAGUCAGUAUGGCAGAGAGCUUUUUGAUGGAGGUGUGUGUGGACUCCGUGGAGUCUGCUGUCAAUGCUGAACGAGGAGGUGCAGGUCGACUUGAGCUGUGCUCUAGUCUUCUGGAGGGCGGGCUAACUCCCAGUGUAGGUUUGCUGCAGGUCGUGAAGCAGUAUGUCAAAAUUCCAGUCUAUGUGAUGAUACGGCCUCGUGGAGGGGACUUCUUGUACUCAGAUCAGGAAGUGGAGGUGAUGAGGAAGGACAUAGAGCUGAUGAAGAGCCAUGGAGCCGAUGGAUUAGUGCUGGGAGCCCUGACAGAGGAUGGACGGGUGGAUGCAGAGCUCUGCAUGGAGUUACUGGCUGCUGCUCGUCCUUUGCCUCUCACCUUCCACCGAGCUUUUGACAUGGUUCACGACCCAGCAGUCGCUCUGGAGACUCUCGUAUCAUUAGGGUUCCAGCGUGUGUUGACAAGUGGCUGUGACAGCUCUGCUUUGGAGGGACUUCCUCUCAUCAAACGGAUCAUCGAUCAAGCUAAAGGGAGAAUUACCAUCAUGCCAGGAGGGGGUAUCACAGAGAGGAACCUGCAGAGAAUUUUAGAGGGAUCAGGGGCUCAAGAGUUUCACUGCUCAGCCCGCUCCAGUAAAGAUUCUUCUAUGAAGUUCAGGAACACCUGUGUGAAUAUGGGAGCUGCUUUCUCAGCACCUGAGUACGGCCUAAAGGUGGCAGAUGUGAGCAAAGUCCGCACUCUUAAUGCAAUUGCCAGAAAUACCUUGUGAGUGGCUACUGGACAAUCAUGACAGACAACAAAACAGAUACCUCAAAGGUGAUCAUGAGUAAUUGUACUGAUAUGUCAUCAUUUAUUUUUACUAAAAGCCAGAAAAAGAAGACAUUUCAGAACUGCCACAGAGUACUUUUGUUUCUCGUUUUUUUUAAUCACUGAUCAAACAGUCCUUGUAAAGUUAGAGCUCAGGGACAGACCUGCAGCCUUCUGGGAUAUGCAGUGCAGAGAGCAUAAUUUACAUGUAUUAUUAUAAAACUGUACGUGGCCUCAGAAAUAGAGAUAGGGUCAUGAAAUACACGGUAGAUGGUUAAAUUAAAAAUGGCGCUAACCAGUGCUGCUGCUGUUUUCAGAGCAGUGAGUUUUCCAUUUGCUGUAUCAUUGACCUAUUUACAGUGGACGAUAAUGCAAAGCUGUGACCUCCUGUGCUUCAUUUUUUACAAGGACACAAUCAUUACAACUUCACUUUGCUCAGAAUGUAAUAAAAGUCAGAAAACUUCAA